AUGGGGAACACCACGUCGACUCCUCGUGCCCAGGCGGAGGCUGGACUGAUGGAGGAAAUAAGGAACACUCCGGAUGGUGCGGAAACAACAACUGGCGAUCCUGGCACCGAGGGCAGGAGUUCUCGACUGGCGAGACGGAAUACCCAGUCGUUGAGAAUGGCUGGUCAGAGGGCUAGCACUCUUUACGACAGUUUUCGACGACAUCGAUCUGUUGAAUCGGUCACAUCUCGUCCGAAUGCCGGCCAUUCGUCAUCCCCUCCUUCCGAGACCGAAUACGAACAAGAGAACAGACCGCUGGUAGGUUUGGAGGAUGUGGACAUGACAGACACAGAGGCCAUCGCGACACCUAUACUAUCGCCAUCCUCGAGCAGGAGAAGGUCAACAAUGUCAAGAUUGGGCUCAAGACUGCUUCCGGAUGCCGUUGCAAGAGGUCUGCUACAUAGUGGAGAAGAGACCGCAGAAGAAGGUCGGGCGUUGCGCCAUGGGAUUUCGGGGCGAUUACGCCCUUCCGUCUACGAACGACCACCAAACUCAGACUCGAACAGUCGUGUGUCCCUCACUGGUUCUAUAAGACGACGGAGCGAGAAUAGGACUGGAUCUAGACGACGAGCAAUCCGAGGACCCUUUCCUGCCCUACAGAGCAUGAGCCAACCGCGUGGGUCUAGCAAUUCGUGGUCGGAAUCUCUGGACGAAGAUAUACGAGAGCUUCCCCAGCCUGCAGCCUCUGGUCUACGACACCGAAGCAGGUUCAGCAGAGUUCGGGAUUCUAUGUCCAUCUCUCAACGGAUUUCGAGCCUAUUUCGCCAGUCCACCGAGCAGCUUCAGUCUAGCCAGGGAGGUCGAGAGUCUCCUUUGAGGCCGGCGAGGGUGACGUUCGCCGAUGAAUCCGAUCAUCUCCUUCCUUCCAUGCCUUCCGCUGACCAUCGCCAUGAAAAUGAUGAUGCUCCUCAUGAGUUAGACGCUGUUGAGCCUGAGGCUCGGACCCUCCUGGCCGGACCCCGAGUCACGUCGGGGAUGAGUACCAUUAGACGCUUUCAGCCGGGCCUGCGUUCACGAUCAACAAGACUGAUACGAAGAGGGGAACAUCCGCCUCUCUCACAGGUACUCCAACUUGCUGCCGCAGCCAUCGCGGCUCAGCUUUCCGGCCACGCCACAGCCGGUUCUACUGGUCCGCGUAACCUUGGUGGUGACACAUUUGAUGGAAGCAUUCAGAACUUUGUACAAACGCUACAGGAGGCGGCGACCGCCCAAGCCGGGGAAAACAUCGAUGUGAACGCACCGGGCGGUGACCUGCCACCGGUGAACUUUAUGAGAGUAUUCCAAUUUCCAAAUGACGAAAACGGGUCGCCCAUAGCAUCCCAAGCAGAAUCACGCGAUGUUGACCAUAUGGACUUGGAUUCUAUCGCUGGACCUGGUGAAAGCGAUCGGUCGGUUACCUUGGUCCUCGUUGGGGUCCGAUCGCUCCCGCACGGCCAGGACAACACUGGCGGCGAGAAUGGCACGCUGGGCCCUAGUCUUGACACCCUAUUGAGCCUUCCAUUCUUGCCUCCAGCCAAUGUUCUACGAAAUGGAAGCUCUGGCGCUUUGUUCCGCCGAUCGGAUGGCAGAAAUAGAUCAAGCACACGGCGACACUCGAUGACCAACUUCAGCUUUCCCGCGCAGUACGAGACCCAGAGACAUCACCGCACCAGGACACAGACCAGCCGCCUGUCGAGCCAUUCAGAUCAGACUGUGCCCACUACACCUGACGCGGGCGCCUCCCCUACCUUGCUCUCAGAAACUCCUCCCGGUCCCAUACCUCCUCCUUCGACCCCAGCAGACAUCAGGAGUGGACAUGCCACUCCAAUUCGGCGACCUUCCUCAGCCUCGGCUGCACCUAAUCAGACACUCUCCGAACUUGACGAGGAUCGUCCACAUGAUCACAUCGACGAUCGUGCCCCAGAAACUUCGUUUAAUACCGCUCGACAACGACGACGAAGCGACUCUGAGUUCGCCCGCCGGCCCGAGCUGGGAUCGGGUGCAGCAAGGCGCAAUGGGAUGGUAGAACCAGAUCCUCCGCCAGCAGGUGUUGGGCGAAGUUGGCUGAUUUAUGUCGUGGGCACCAACGUUUCGGCGACACAUCCUGCUUUUGCUAUGCCGAGCUUGUUUACCGAUAACCCAUCCUAUGAGGACAUGCAGAUGUUGUCAACCCUCCUGGGACCUGUCAAGCCGCCUGUUGCAACCCAAGAAGAUGUGAGCGCCGCUGGCGGAGUCUUUCGGCUGGUUGUCCAAGACUCGGGCUUCCUCGGGGAACCCGACUCUGACGGCGAUGACUAUGCUGCGUCGGAAGAGGUCCGCCGCUUGGAUAGAUGCAAGCAUGUCUACCACCGCGAAUGCAUCGAUGAAUGGCUCACAACUGGUCGGAACAGCUGUCCCAUGUGCCGUGGUCAGGGUGUGCAGGAGAAGGGUCCAUCCUCUAAUUCCUCUACGAAUUCUGGCACCCCUUCCUCGACCACCACCACAUGA